AUUUGACAGUUCCUCGUAUGUUUUGAGGAAUCACUCACCUCCGCGAGCAAAGUAAACAAAAAAUGGCUUUAGACUUUUCCGCUACGUAUAAGCUAUUAGUUUUAGGCGAUUCUAACGUAGGCAAAACUUGUAUUGUGCACAGAUACUGCGACGAAAGGUAUUACGAUAUUUACAUUUCCACAAUAGGCAUAGAUUUCAAACAGAAGAUAAUAAACCUAGAUGGCGUGCCAAUCAAGCUUCAGAUAUGGGACACGGCGGGACAGGAGCGAUUCAGGACUCUCACCACGGCGUACUACAGGGGAGCCAUGGGAAUCAUCCUCAUGUAUGAUAUCACCAACCUUGAAUCCUUCAAUCAUCUCUCGUAUUGGCUGAGGAAUAUUCAGGAGUACGCCUCUCCAGAUGUCAUCAAAGUUCUGGUUGGCAACAAAUGUGACGUUCACGAGAAUCACAGAGCAGUGCCGAAAGAAAGGGGCCAAAAGAUAGCUGACGACUUCGACAUGCCGUUCUUUGAGGUGUCCUGUAAAAGCAACAUCAACAUAGAAGAAGCAUUCCUGACAUUAGCCAGAAAAAUUAGGGAAUAUAGAGAUUCGAAGGCUGAUGCUUUCGAGCUGAAAGAAAGAGACAACGUGAUCAAGCCAUCUGAAUCCGAAACGGACGUGUCAAAGUGUAGCUGUUAGCAAAUUUUUGAAAAAAUAAUUUUACCCGCAUAUUAACUGAGCGAGUUAGACGCAAAGAUGUUGUGGCAAAUGACUUUUAGCUCAUUUUAUAAGAAAAUGCCUGGUGCUACAUACCAAGCUUCCUACCUCGCGCAGUGGAUAUGCCCCAAUAUAUGAACACAAAAGAUUAAUUUCAAUAAAGUAGGAAUUCCAUUUCAGUAGGUGAAUCUCUUGUGCUCAUUUAUUGAGUUUUUUCGAGGCAAAGAUAAAUUCUUCAGCAGUCAUGCAAAUAAAUAAGAUUAUCUAUGCCUUAAAUGUAAACAUAGGGUACAAGGUCGUGGGGUUAUAGUCGGCACUUAGACUUACUAAGGCAACGUCAUGUUUCGGAAGUGUACUUAUGCAA